AUGCAGGGAAAAAUUCCAAAUGAUGCUCAUUUAUUGCGUUUUUUGCGCGCUCGUGAUUUUGACGUAGCUCGAGCUGGUGACAUGGUACAGAAAAGUGUCAAGUGGCGCAAACAGCAUAACGUGGACAAAAUUUUACAAGAGUUCGAAGCACCGCUUGAACUGAAGCAGUUUUUCCCAGGAUGUUGGCAUCACGCCGAUAAGGAGGGCAGGCCAUUGUUUGUUCUGCGACUUGGGAAGCUCGACAUGAAAGGCUUACUGCGUACAUUUGGUAUGGAAACGAUCAUGAAAUUUACGUUAUCAAUUAUUGAACAGGGACUUAUCAAAACAGCGGAGGCGACAAAAAUGCGUGGCGCUCCAAUAAGCACAUGGACGUUAUUGGUGGAUUUGGAGGGAUUGAGCAUGAGGCAUCUUUGGCGACCUGGAAUCCAAGCACUGUUACGAAUAAUUGAAGUAGCUGAAGCGCAUUAUCCGGAAACCAUGGGCUUGGUAUUGAUUGCUCGGGCGCCACGAGUUUUUCCAGUGCUUUGGACAUUGAUUUCUCCAUUCAUUGACGAGAAUACGCGCAAGAAAUUUAUGAUAAAUUCGGGUGAAAUGGUUAUUUCGGAACUAAGAAAAUACAUCGAUGAAGAAUAUAUACCCGAGUUUUUGGGCGGAACUUGCCUGUGUUCAGCUCCUGAAGGAGGGCAUAUCCCUAAGGAUAUGUACAGGCCUGUGGAGGAGACAGUGAUCGAAGACGAUGUGCUCAAAUCAACUUAUCAGUCAGCAGUUAUUUGUAAAGGGACAGCACAUGAAGUAGUAGUUAAAGUGCCUGCGCGAGGAUGUGUUCUCACCUGGGAUUUCGAUAUUAUCAAG